AUGGACGCGUUUGAAAACGGCAGGUUCCAAAACAAACCCUUCAUCGUCGGCUCCACGACCGAAGAAGCGGUGAUGUUUAUUUCCUGUGUUUUUGCCAAGCUGCCUACUGUCGAAUACGAAGCUAUGGUCUAUGGACUCUUCCCGGCUGACGCGGCGAAGGUGCUGCUAGCCUACCCGCCCUCCGGUACGGGGGACGAGCAGUCCGUCGCCGCUGAGCUGGUCACGCACUACCUCUUCUCUUGCCCUGUCCGCAAGACGCUGAGAACCGCGGCAAGACGCGGAGACAGCGAUGUCUGGCUGUACGUGUUCGCUCAUGCGCUGGCUCAGGGCUGGCCCAAGGAGGUGAGCUGCUGCAACGGACACGUGUGCCACGCGUCGGACCUUUUCUUCGAGUUCCAGUCCCUGAAACUGACCAAAUACAAUUACACACACGACGAACAGGUCCUCGCCGAUUCCAUGGCUUACUACUACGGAAACUUCGCGCACACAGGCGACCCGAAUAAACCAGGGUCACACAUGGCGCAAGGCAAACCCGCCAUUCCAUGGCCACCGUACCUACAGUCCGAGGGUUUCAGGAAUGUGCGUUUUGACGUUCCUGAGGACAGUAUAGAUCAGCAAUACCUGCAGGAGAGAUGCGACUUCUGGGACAGCAUUAAUCCAUAUCCCUGA